GGCCGACCUCCCGUCAUCGCCGCGUGGUCAGGACCUUUUAGGCUCCACCAUACGCCGGCCCACACACACUUCUUUCGGUCUGCUGCCGACAGGACAAUCAACACCCCUCAGGAGAGGACUUGACUAAUCGAGCACACCCCCAAUCUCUCCCUGCUGUGACGGCGCAACUCAGCGCUUUGCGCCAACUAGACUGCGUAUCUGGCCUGGACAGCAGUUGCUUAUUUGAUGAAUAACUCGCUUCACGACUUUUGGCAGUUCAUGAUGAUACUGAACCCCCUUCUUCAAGUGGUGGUGCGAAGCCAGACAGCCAGUCUAGAGGAGGCCUGAAGGCAUUCUUCCUCUUCUUUUUCUUCCAUUGACGGAGGGAUCCCGAAGUGUUACGGAACACACCUGUGGUUGACACUGACAUCCACAGCCAAGGUCUUUUAUUCGUCACCAGUGGGGCAUACGGUCCAGUCCAGUCGGCAUCGAGUGAAGAAAUGCGGCCGAGUCCCAUCAACUGUUGGCAACACAGCAAUCUACGGAGGCCCGGUCUAUCGAUAUAAUGGCUGUGCUAACGUUGGUUGCCGCUGUUGUGCAAACCCACAAACUCGUCCAUUGCUUUACCGUCAAGCUGGAUGAAUUAAUAGCCCUAUGCACGGUUCGCCAUACAUGGUGUGCGUAAUCUGGCUGUGUCGGAGCUUACCAUUUGGGGGUCGCGAAUGCUGCGAAGGACGACGUCGUCCUCGACCUUGGGCGGGUAGGUAUCGACGGGAUGUAGUGUAUGAUGCCGGCUGCAACGCUACCGUAGUGUAGGUCUAUUUGAGCUACUGAAGGGGGGCCGAAAUAGAAGCUUGCAGCCCUGUUGGCCAAUGGUAUCACCACCCUGGGCCUAGGGCAGAUAGAUCUUCGGAUGGGGUGUUCAAGGGGACAAUGUAUGUAUGUACCAUAGUUCUGGGGCUGGAGAGCCUGAGCCAGGGGUCGAGUUGACCGGGGAUGCUUUGGAACGAUCCACAAACAACAUCCAACACACUCGAAAAAAAAAAAAAGAAAAAAAAGCCACAGCUGGUCGCAGAGAGGAUGCUAAGUCUGGAAACCAACCACCUGGGGCGCCAGUCGAGGCAUUAUCUACGGCCAACGUGGAUGUUGACCCGCAAAUGUCACAUUCUCAUCCCUUGCCCGCGGAUAACUUACCGGGCGGAUACAAACACCACAACCAUUGCUCUCUGAACUCGGCACUCUGUACAAGUUUGCUGUGCAAUGAGUGAUGAUAGAGUAUGACGUGCGUGACUACGCCACACUCGGUACAGGAAUUCCUUCAUGUUACUUACUCUAUCCGUCUCUCAGGCGUCCAUCACCUUUAGUUGCCCCCCCCUUGCAAAUGCGAAGACCAACCCAACCAUGCGGGUCAGCCGUACUCUGUACGGGUCGUACAACACAUAUCGACAAAGGUGCCGUGCCCCAGCAUUCCGAUGCUGCCGUCAGGGCGGACACUUGCGAAUAAUAUCAUAUCCCUCGCCUCCCCAUGCCUCUUCUUGUUGUCUUGCUUUUUGGGCCCAAGGUCCUUCGCCUUUUUGCUAGUGUCAUCAUACGGUUAGCUGAGAGUUCCAUAACUGCAAAGCAAAAUAACGACACCUUUCGACACUGACAAUCUCUGUCAGUCCACUUCACCCUUCACACACGCCGUAUGCAAAAACAAGCUCACACUUCUACCCUAGUCUUUUUGUUUUCUUCCGUCAUGCCCGGGGAGUCCGGCUAAGAUGCUCUCAAAGCCGGGAUCCACAAUCCGAAAGCUUGUCUCGCCGCGAAAAACCCUGCUUGUCGGCGAUUACGAGGGCUCUUACUUUCACCACGACGAUGAAGGCUACAGGUCAAUCUACAGAGAGCUUAAAACAAGGUCAUGGGGUUUUCGAAGGGGUUCAAGGCUUGACCUCGAUGUCCCGAAGAAGGAGGACCUUCACAAAAUACUUACAAUCAUCCCACCCCUUCCCAACACUCCGCUCUCCUCAAGGUCUUCUUUGUCCAGCUUCGGCUAUAGCACAGACUACACCAGUCCUCAAUGUUCUUCCCAGCGUGUCGGAGGCCAAAGUCCUCAGAGGAGUCCACUUCUUUGUCCUGAACACCUCGAGCACCAGCCACAGCAAGCCCAAGAAAGAAGCGAACCCGCCAGCACGACCCCGGGGACGCCUCCUAGAACACCAAGUACACAAGAGUUACACCAAAUUGUUCUUCUGCCGCCUUCACCUCCUCUGCAACAAGACGAGUGGAGCCGAGAUCCCACGAUUCGUCAACCGGAUAUCACCUUGACUGGCUUCGGGGUCAACCAUCAAUCCAUUUAUACAGAUGAGAUUGCCGAAGGCUAUACCGGCUCCCAGGAGCAACAUUAUUUACCAAGCAAUGGAUAUUCGAACAACAUCCAGCAGCUCAAUUCGGAGAUAGAUGGGGCAUUCCAGCGAGAAGGGUCCCCAAUCGAAAUAAAGCUGCCGUUACCGCCGCUUGUGAUCCCGCCGAUAACAUAUUACUCGGCAAAUCACACAAAGCCUUUGACGCCUGUGCAUGGUCCCUCUCAGUGGAAUAAAGCGCGGAGAAGAAGUCAGGCGUCAUUGCAAUCCUUCACACAGCCUUCCAAAAGAUCCUUUCUGCCCACAAGUCCGGCAAGGUUUGCUUCGACCAGCAGAACAAAGAGAAAGAAGUCAAAGAAAUCCCCCAGGCGACCGCGCAUAGCCAGCACACAAGUAUCAAAAUGGGUAAUACCAGACACUGCCCGAAACUUCUUCCAACUUUUCAAUCCUAUCGAAGCGGAUGAGGUGCUGCCGGAGAGCAUCUUGCAGGGAAUAAUGGACAGAGCUUGUCUAACUCAAUCAGCAAUGAUGAAUGAUGAGGUGACGGUGACCAGUCAAGAAGGGGAUCAACCAUCCCAGCAGCCCAUCACGCCUAUCGAACCGUUCCACCUCGACGACUUGCCGACGCGGAUCGAUAAUGCCGGUGUGAGUCUGCCUGUCGCUUCGGCAACUCUCUCACUUGCAACGGCACGACCCUCUUUAUCUGAUCACGGCGAGAGCACUAGAGACGACUGCGCAACACCAAAGGAACAGUCACGAGAUGACGGGCAGAAACAGAACCGGCCGGGAAGUCCUCCCAUUGCCUUGGCGAAGAAUGGAAAGGAACACAGUCUACCCAUUAUUUUUCGCCGCAAAGGAGAAGAAGCUCAACAUCCUCCUAUACCCUCGAGUGUCGCUCAUCUCACACCUUCCUUUGAUGGCCCCAUUAGACCUGUACCGCGACGCACCCCAUCCAGGCAACUCCCGCCCCUUCCGACUAUUCCUGAGGGCAUCACCAGUUCGAUCAUGACACCUACGUCUACCUCGACGCCUGGAUUUGGCUCCGAUACCAGCAAUGACGACUUCAUUUUCCUCAAAAGUACUCCAUACACUGGGACGAUGCCAUCCUUCCGUCACGGACCAAUCCGACUGCCCAAGCCCGAGCCUCCCAUUAACCUGCUCGCUGCCAAUGCUGAAGAUGGCCUUGACUGGGUAGCCUUCCAAAUUUCGAUAGGAAGCGGUAUCGGCGACUUUGACAGUGACCCCCUUGACUACUCGCGGCCUUCGGGAGCUGAGCUUGAUGAGCGCGACGAUAUCAUUACGUGGUUCUCCGGUUUCGGCUUUGAUGGGUAUGGUACGUUGAGGACCUUUCAGACCGCCGAAGAGGAGAUUGAAGUCAGGAAGCACAAACAAGAAAGUGGCGCCUUGCAUGCACGGCCCGCAAGUUCUGGUAGCCUCUUGAACAAUGGUUCACGAGAACCUCCAGACAGCGACAGCAAAGGCAGAGGAUCUACCAUGAAUGGACUUUACCGGAUCCAGCAUUUGCAAGCAUUCGACAGGGACCGAAAACAUUCUCAUGAGCGGUCGGCGAGCGUCAACGAUCAACUUCCUUUCCGUGCCCUUGCAACUCACAUUGCUGCUCAUCAGACGCAGCAACCACACUUUUUGCUCUGGACAUCACAAGAGACACAUUCCGCAACCUGGCCUAUCGAUCGUCAGUCGAGGAGGGACCAUCCCGAGAAGCCAGCGACCAACACUCCCUAUGGUCACACUCACAGCCAAAGUUGGAGUUACUCGCCGCCACCUUUCCCAGCGCUAACAUCCGAUCCUACUGUUCGCUGGGAUCAUAGCCGCGGUCGCAGUUCAAGCGAUGCUGCCUACAACAACAACAACAACGACAACAACAACACCAACACCAAUAACACCCCGGUUCCAACACCAAUCAACCGCAAUCAAUCACCAACGCUGCGAACGUCAACACUAACAAAGACUAUAUCCCGGUCCCAACCACCACAUACCCAAAGACACGGGACGCCACAACAUCAAGUCCAACAACAACAACAACAAUCCUCCCUUGCGCCACCAUCCUCACGAAUCCCGUCACCAACCAUUCUUCGAUCCGAAUCCCCCUUUCUUCCAGGUUUUGCUUUCCAAUACGAGCAACAAACAGUCAUACCAUCAUCCAUUGUCCCGACAACCCAACAAGAUCAACAAGAUCAACAAGCACAAGCACAAGCACUAGCACCACCACCACCACCACCACAACCGACAAAGCAAACAGCCAAGAAAAUUCCUCAAGCAAUCGAUGCGGCCCGCGCCCGCACUUGGAAGCAACAACAACAACAACAACAACAACAACAACAACAACAACAACCUCAAGGGUCUUCUCGCCACCACCACCACCACCGCCGCGCCGACUCGCAAGAAAGUAUAAGAAGCCUGCCGCAGAGCCCGGCACUCAACAUGGUGGUGUCAAGGGACGUGAAUGGCCAGGAGUACGUGAUUCCGAUGGGGUUCAAUUUGGAUCAUGACUUGGGGGAUUUCUUGAAGUGGGAGGCGGAACAUGUUGCGUGGAAGAUUGAUUGAUUGAUUGAUUGAUUGAUUUGAUUGUGUGUCGGGUGCAUGGAAUGUCUAGGGAAAAAAAAGGGGGCGUUGGUGUUUCUGGCCACUGGACCGGGGUUUGCGAGGUUAUCUUCUUGCACUUCGUUGCACAUUGGAUUUUGCUGUUACAGGACUAGUACUCUCUUUCAUGAUACCACUUUUUUUUUUUUUUUUUUUAGUUGAUCUAUAUCAUAAGAGAAAAUACCCAACUUCUCUCCUCCACAUUCAACGGUCAAAACCAUUUCUCGCUGACUGUGCACAUCAUAUGUACUUGUUCACCUGGUAAAUGAAUCAAUAUUACUAUCGC